AAUCAAAGAUCAGGUUACCUUCAUUUACUAUAAAAUCUUCCUUUUACUUUUGCUUUUACUUACAACCAAACAACUCUUACGACUUCCUACAAAAAUCAAAUAAAUUUGAUCAGUGUUUUGUCAAUUAAUCUGGUUUAAUGACUAACUCGGUUGAUCUCCCUGUGUAUAGCUGCAAUAAUUGCUGGAAUCCAGUUGCCUUCAAGGAAGAUCUUCUUUCUAAGGCUUUUGUGGCUUUAUCUGGACAAGCUUUUAUGUUUCGUAACGCAAUGAAUUUGAAGGUGGGAGACAAAGUUGAGAAGCAACUCAUGACUGGACAAUUCACUGUGGCUGAUAUAUAUUGUGGCAAAUGUGGGCAGGUUUUGGGUUGGAAAUAUUUCCGAGCCCAUGACCCAAGGCAAGCAUACAAGGAAGGCAAUUAUAUAAUAGAGUGUGCUAAGAUUGUAAAUGCAAAAUAAACCUAAGUUCUAUUACUGUUCUUCCCCUCCUCUUGACUUAGAAUAAAUUAAAACUAGUCUUAUAUGCAUCCGAAAGUAAAAGCGAAAUUGUAUUAUUA